AUGGCAGCCGAGAAUGCCUCCUCCAUAGCACAGUUCGUCCUCGCAGGCUUGACGGACCAGCCGGGACUCCAGAUGCCCCUCUUCUUCCUAUUUCUGGGUUCCUACGUGGUCACCAUAGUGGGGAACCUGGGUUUGAUAACCCUGAUUGGGCUGAACUCUCACCUGCACACCCCCAUGUACUUCUUCCUCUUCAACCUCUCCUUCAUAGAUUUCUGCUAUUCCACUGUCAUCACCCCCAAAAUGCUGAUGAGCUUUGUCUCAAAGAAGAACAUCAUCUCCUAUGCUGGGUGCAUGACUCAGCUCUUCUUCUUUCUCUUCUUUGUCGUCUCGGAAUCCUUCAUCCUUUCGGCCAUGGCAUAUGACCGCUAUGUCGCCAUCUGCAAACCCUUGUUGUACACACUCACCAUGUCUCCCCAGGUGUGUCUCUUCCUUCUGUUGGGUGUCUAUUGGAUGGGGUUUGCCGGGGCCAUGGCGCACACGGUCUGCAUGGCGAGACUGACCUUCUGUGCUGAUAACCUUGUCAAUCACUACAUGUGUGACCUCCUUCCCCUUCUUGAACGCUCUUGCUCCAGUACCUUUGUGAACGAGCUGGUAGUUUUCAUUGUUGUGGGCAUUGAUAUUGGGGUUCCCACAGUCACCAUCUUCAUUUCAUACGCUCUCAUCCUGUCCAGCAUCCUCCAUAUUCGCUCCACCGAGGGCAGGUCCAAGGCCUUCAGCACCUGCAGUUCCCACAUUGUAGCAGUUUCUCUUUUCUUUGGGUCAGGGGCAUUCAUGUACCUCAAACCUGCUUCUCUUUUACCUAUGAACCAGGGAAAAGUUUCCUCCUUAUUCUACACCAUUGUGGUGCCCAUGCUGAAUCCAAUUAUCUAUAGCUUGAGGAAUAAAGAUGUCAAAGUUGCUCUGAGAAAAACCUUGAGCAAACAUUCAUUCUCUUAA